AUGGAUAACAGUUUCUAAGAUUACAAAAUUUCAAUAAAUGAAAAGGGUGAAGUAGUAAUUCUACCUUUUGACGGAAAAUAUGAUUAUGUUCUGGUUUUUAUUCAUGGACUUAACUGUUUCCCCGUUUCGUUUUUAAAAACUUUCUUAUCAGAACCUCUUAAGAGUGCCACAAAAAAUUUCAAAAUUGUUAUUCCUAUUGCUCCUGUGAGAAAAGUUACUUCUAGAAAUAUUGAGGCUAUAUCUUGGUUUGAUAUAAAGACAUACGAAAGAAGCUUUGAAAGACCUUUCGAUGAAGCAUUUUCAAGCUAGGAAGUUCAAGAAAGCUUCUAGUAAUUAAAGCUAGUUAUUGAAUAAGAGGCAAAGCUUUUAAAUGGAGAUUAUAAGAAAAUAUUCAUAUCUGGUUUUAGCUAGGGAUGCGGUAUGAGUAUUUACACAGCUUAUGGUCUUGAACAUGAUGUUGGCGGUGUUGUAGGACUUGCUGGAUAUUUUUUUGAAAUAACAAAGUAUGAUAAGCAGAGAAACAUUCCCACUUUGAUUCUUCAUGGGCAAAAAGAUAAUUUGAGAAUUUGGGAAGAAGUGAAAAAAUCUUAUGAAAAGUUUUAAGGUUCUGAUAAAGUAAUUUUGGUAUAAGAAAUGGCUCACGAAGUUGAGAGCUUAGAGGCUAGAAAGCUGUUUGCAGAAUUUUUAAUCAAAUAAACAAAAUUAUGA